UUCUGGUGGUUUAGUUCUGAUCCGUGCAACCGUUGCUGCAAAGAAUGAAAAAUCAAAUCAAAAAAAAAGAUUGGAAUGCGAUUCCUAUCGGAAGUGGUACUCACGUGAGUGUGAGUGCCACUUCCGAUGCCUACUACUGGUUUCCUGUUGCUUACGGUUUGUUGACCUGCACUUUUGUUUUUAGUCUUGUGAGCUACGAUUGUCAAUCUAAAUCUUUGCAUUGCUGUCGUACUUGGUGCUGGUGCACAAUCUGUUAAUCGAAUUGGUACCGUGGCAGUUUGAUCUUCGUAUGUACGAAGGGUUGUCUGAGCAAAAAGUUAUCUAACCUAAUAACGAUGCACGACGAAAUAGAUGCUAACUGCAUCCCGUAGCACUUGAACUCCAUUUAUAAUAUCAAAUUUUUCAGCUUAUUUUUUCAACAGAAAGAACUUAUCCGUACUGAGACGUGAAAUUGGUGAUGUUAUCCGAAGUCCAAUCCACGUAUUAGCGUUGGUGUGUUCCGCCUGCAGCGACAGUGUGUUACCUAACAAUGCACCGUAUUUUUCUUCGGGUCAUAAGCCAGUUGCUAUAACAUUUAUAUGAAAAAUAGUAGAACAGAUGCUCAUGAUAAAACCUCCGCUUCUUUUAUGACAUGCAUGCUAAUUCAAAUCUUUUCCCCAGACCUUAGGUGUAAUAAUUCGAAAUAUUUUAUGCGAAAGACAGCUCGAAAGUCUGAAUUUGCUUUGGUAACUACUUCGGGCAAGAUUCUAUCACUUUACAGAUCUUCUUAGAAGUUUUCGUCAAGUUCUUCAACAGCAAUCGAUGGAGAUCAAUAAGACAACGAUCAUAGUCAAAGAUUCGAAUGACUGGCAGUGUUCCAUUUUGGACAUUAAAUCCCGCAUAAAGUACCUACACGAAACAGGAACACUAUGCGACUGCGAUUUUCUGGUUGGUGAAGGAUCUUCUACCGAAAAGAUUGCGGCACAUAAGUUUGUCCUCACGGUAGCUUCUCCAGUAUUUGAAGCGAUGUUCCACGGGGCACUAGCGGAGAGAAACGAUAGAGCAAUUCGUGUCCCGGAUAUUGCAGUGCUGGAAUUCAAAGAAUUGUUGACAUACAUUUAUAUGGAUCAACUAAGGAUAGAUUCGGUGGCUGAGGCGAUCAAACUUUAUUACGGAGCCAAAAAGUAUAUGCUACCGGGAGCUGUAGCUAAAUGUAUCACUUAUCUAGAAUCGAAUCAGCAAGCUGGCACCGUUUGCCAAGUCUACGAAUUUGCCAAGUUUCACGGAGAAACAAACAUGAUGGCUAAAUGCAUUGCCACCAUGCGUAGUCACACAAGUUCUGUGAUCACUAGCAGUGGUUUCCUCAAUGCCGACCUUAGCACUGUAAUAACCAUACUGGAUCAGGACGUAUUGGCAACCGGAUCCGAGCUGGAUCUUUUUAAAGCCAUUAAAAAGUAUGCAACUGAGCAUGGUCUAUCACGUACCGACCUAUCCCAGCAGCGUCAUACGCGGGAAGGUGUAACGGUUGAAUCUGCGAGCAACCAAAAACAAUCCAAGCGACAAAAACGAAACAAGAACAAAUCUAAGCGGUGUCCUUCAUUGAAGACAGCUGAGAUGGAAUUGUUCACGACUAACAAUCAAACUGACGAACCAAAAAAGGAUCCGGAGGGGGUUGGAGCUCGUCUCAAGCAAGAUGGUCCAACUAUUCUUGACGCUCUACACCGUAUCCGAUUUCUUAACCUGAAUCCAACCAAUCUCGCUCAAGAACUCGUCGGAACGGAACUUCUUACGCAAUCGGAAGCUUUCGCUGUACUAGGGUGUGUUUCGAUGCAUGGAACUGAACACUACACGAUGCCGCAGGGGUUUAGCUGUAGUGCUAAACCGAGAAAUUCAAGUGGCAACCAACGCUAUUGUUGCUCUACGUGUGGACGUUAUUCUUGAACUGUCAAUCUUUUCAAACAUAACUUCCGUGUACUGAACUCAUUAGAAAUAAAAACGGAAAGAAUAUUUUUAACGAUUAAGAAAGUUGUGUUUUAAUGUGCGUAACUGUUCCAUUUUCUUAGAAAUGGAUCAAAGCUACUGCUGAAAUUGCACCGAGGUUCCAGGUAGUCCCAAAUCGUUUAAUGAUCAAUAGCGGCGGCAGUCAGUCCCAAACGUAGAUUGCAGCGGGAAAGGGAAGGAAUGUUAGUCCGACACUUGUUUUUGCUAGAGGCCGUUUAUUUUACUGCUCACUGCAUAAGUGUGUCGGAAGGAGAGAGAUUGUUAUUAGGGAUAGGACUCGAUUUAGAAUGGUGCUGUGCUGUUUUGAGUUUGCACGCGAUUUAAGAUUUUAGGAGUCUGGACGCCCAGAAGACUCAUGUGAAUGGAAAAUGUCUAACAACAUACUUAUUUUAAAUAUUAUUUUGACAAAAGACAAACUAAUGAAAGGAAAAGUACCAAAAAAUGUGAAAAAAGUUGUAAACUA